GAGCAGCCGUGGAGUUCCUAAAACCCUAGCGAAGCCAAGAGAUACAGAUACAGAUACCCUAAUCGAUCUGGAGAGAAAUGAGCGACGGUAACAUGGACGUGGAAGAAUCAGCAGAGGUUUCUUCGAAAGUAAAGUCCCUGGAGACCUUAGUCGUCGAUGGUUCUUCUUUCUCAAGAAAUCUAUCGAAACUCUCAUCGUCUUCCCGUCUGAUCCCGACGAGUAAAGAUUUUCACUUUUACUACAACUUCGAUGAGUUCAAGCGACCCACCGACGAGAUGUCUGCAACCUCGCAGUCGCUUCUCGAGACGAUCGGUGACUCCGAUCAGGUUUUGGGGAAAUCCAUUAGGUUCCCCGGGGACAUCGAAGAAGACGACGCCGAUGAUUGGCUCUGCAACGUCAACGAUGAAUUUCUCGAGAGGUUCGAUGUUUCGGUUGAUGACUUUCAGAGGGUGCGGAAGGAGGAGGAAGAAAUCGGUCGGACUCUAUUGCCUCCUGCGUCUGAUUUUGAGGAUGAUGGGUUUCAGAUGGUUUAUGGUAAGAAGAAGAAACCUGUAAUUGGUGGUUCGGUGAUUGAUGUUAAACUGGCUGAGAGGGAUAAUAAGAGCUUAUCUGGUAAGGCAAAAGUCCCUUUCCAUGUACCGACCAUAAAGAAGCCCCAAGAAGAGUUUAACAUUUUGGUGAACAACGCCAACCAACCCUUUGAGCAUGUUUGGUUGGAGAGGAGCGAGGACAAUCAGCGGGUUUUGCAUCCACUGGAGAAACUUUCAGUGAUUGACUUCGUUGGCAAUAGUGUAAGCGAGAUGGAACCUGUUAAGCCCCUCCCACUGGAAGAGACUCCAUUCAAGCUCGUUCAAGAUGUGAAAGAUCUGAAAGAUUUAGUUGCUAAAUUGCGUACUGUUGAUGAGUUUGCGGUUGAUCUGGAGCAUAAUCAGUACCGAUCUUUUCAAGGAUUGACAUGCUUAAUGCAAAUUUCCACCAGAACGGAGGAUUAUAUAGUUGAUACAUUCAAGCUUCGUGUUCAUAUUGGUCCUUACCUUAGGGAGAUUUUUAAAGACCCUAAGAAGAGAAAGGUGAUACACGGAGCAGAUCGAGAUAUUGUUUGGCUUCAAAGGGACUUCGGGAUAUAUGUCUGCAAUCUCUUUGACACAGGACAGGCGUCAAGGGUGCUAAAUUUGGAGAGAAACAGCCUGGAGUUUCUUUUGCAGCAUUUUUGUGGUGUUACAGCAAAUAAAGAAUACCAAAAUGCAGACUGGAGAAUUCGACCCCUUCCAAAGGAAAUGACAAGAUAUGCAAGAGAAGAUACCCACUAUCUUUUGUACAUAUAUGACGUAAUGAGACUAGAACUGCAAAGAGUGGCAAAGGCUGACCAUCAAACAGACUCUCCCCUGCUUGAGGUCUAUAAGCGCAGUUACGAUUUGUGCACACAACUAUAUGAGAAAGAGCUUUUGACUGAGAAUUCAUACCUUCACAUAUAUGGGCUUCAGGCAGCGGGCUUCAACGCAGCUCAACUUGCCAUUGUUGCGGGACUUUGUGAAUGGCGUGAUUACGUUGCACGUGCGGAGGACGAGAGUACUGGUUAUGUUUUGCCAAACAAACUUCUUCUUGAAAUAGCCAAGGAGAUGCCUCUUAGUGUUGCCAAAUUGCGUCGGUUGUUGAAGUCAAAGCAUCCUUACAUUGAGCGUAAUGUUAAUUCUGUUGUCAGCCUCAUCAAGCAUUCGAUACAAAAUUGUGCAGCAUUUGAGUCUGCUGCUCUAUCUUUAAAAGAUGCGUCUCCUGGAACUGUAAUGGAGAAUAUUGAACCUCUUAGUGAGAGGAAAGACAUGUAUACUCGUACAGAUGACGUAGCUUCUCCAAAUCUGAAGGAAAAUUCUUUGCAUGUUCAGAAUAAUACCUCGGGCCUCGUCAUGGUUGCAGCAGAUGCUAGUGAACGGAAGGAUUUAGGGACAGGCUUGUUUGGUUCUGCUAAGGGUCCUGCGGCUGUUCUGAUCUCUAAGAAACCAAGCAGUGGUUUAGGAGCAUUACUGGGAAGUUCAGCCUCGAAAAAGAAAUUUCGAACAGAUAAGAACGUGAAUGAAGAGGCGAAGCUCGAACAGAUACGAUCAUCUGUAAACCUGCAAUUCCAAUCUUUUACCGACAAAAGUUCUGAGUCAAAGUCGGCUACUGGACCAUCACCAAAGGAGCCUGAAGAGGUCUCGACUACUAUGCCAGCCUCUGUUUCCAAGCAACAUGGUGCGACUGCGUUAAAAGAUGAUUCAGAAGAAGCCUCAGAAAUUGCUGGUACUUCUGAUAGAGUUUCAGAUGCCGAAGUAUCUUGUUUUGAGACAGAGAAUGUUAUACUGUUAGACGAUGGUGGUGGGAAGGAAGUUGAUGCGGAAGAUGAACCAAUGUCCCUCUCGGAGUUGUCCACAAACUUUCAGAAAUGCUUUAACUCCAUGAGUAAGAGCAACAAUAAGGCCCAAAAGCCCGAGUUCUUAAACGUAGAACCGUUUGAUUAUGAAGCUGCAAGAAAAGAGGUGACAUUUGGAGAAGGACAAAAGGGAAGACAAGGAGGAAAGAAAGAAGGUGGGUCAAAAGCAGGAGGUCAGAAGAAGGGGUCUGCUCCGGAACAGUCUGAGUUUGGGCAAGGAAAACGCCGUCAAGCCUUUCCAGCAUCCGGGAAUAGAAGUGCAACCUUCAAGAGUUAGACUCUCCAACUGAAUAUCUAAUCAAUGAUCUGAUAUCCGGACAGUCAGUAUUGAUAGGUUUUGUUUUUAUUACAAUUCAUUUUGGCCGUGGUCAAUGGUGACUUUGUUUUACUCAUUUACAUUGUCUACUACAGAUUUUCUCAUUUUUAUGGGACUUAUGGAUACAAACUCUUUGGUUUGAAACAUCAAAAUCUGAUUCACUGUUUAA